GCUGCUUUCUGCUACACGGUCUGCUGUUAAAGUGUGAUUUAUUCAAACUCUGCCGGAGCCGAGAGAGGAUUUACUUUGUUCUUUUUUUCACUCGAGGCGAAAAGAUAGUCUUUCUCUACAUUUCUGGACUGAACUGACAAAGAAGGAAAAAUGCGUCUGAUCCAGAACAUGUCGACCAUCGCGGAGUAUCCCACCCCGGAAUACCCUGCACCUAACCGGGUCAUGAAGAUGGCUGUGAUCGGGGGCAGUGGAGUGGGGAAAACCGCACUAGUGGUGAGAUUCCUCACAAGGCGAUUUAUUGGAGAUUAUGAGAGAAAUGCUGGUAAUCUGUACUCCAGGGAAGUCCAGGUAGACUCGGAGCAGGUGACCAUCCAGGUUCAGGACACUCCUGGGGUGGAGAUGACUGAUAAUGGGGUCAGCCUCCCAGAUCAUGUCACGUGCUCCAUCCAGUGGGCCGACGCGGUGGUGUUGGUUUACUCCGUCACAGACCGCCGCAGCUUCGAUCUUAUCGACCAAUUACACCAGCUGGUCGUCCGUGCAGGCGGAGCCAACAUGCCUCCCGUAAUCCUGCUUGCCAAUAAGGCGGACCUGCUGCACCUGAGGCGCGUUGACUCCCAGCAGGGCCCCCUUCUGGCCGGAACGCUCGGCUGCUCCUUCUACGAAGUCUCGGCCAGCGAGGACUACAGCCAGGUGCACCACGCUUUCCACCGACUCUGCUGCCAGCUUGCCAAGCAGCCGCCGCCCCCCGCCUCCAACUCCUCCUCCUCCUCAUCCUCAUCCUCAAACACAAACUCUGCCAGCGCCGUCACGGAGAAGAGACGCUCCCCUCUCAUCCCCAGACCAAAGUCUCCGAACAUGCAGGACCUGAAGAGGCGGUUCAAGCAGGCACUGUCAGCCAAAGUCCGGACUGUCACCUCGGUGUGAAGAGAAGAGCUGAACGUGGUCCAGAGAGGCCAGAGAGACAAAGAAAGCAGUGAAGGAGAGAAAGACGGAGGAGACUUUCUCCACCGGCGUCCUGCAGCGCUCUGUCUGAGGAGGAACAGUGUGAGUCUGACAGAAAACUGGAAGCUGAUGACUCUGUAGAGAAGAGAUGACCUCUGAGCUGCAGGCCGUGCCUGGUAUCAUGUGGGGUGCGAGGUUGUCACAACUGUUGGUGCUUUGAUACUUUUUCUUUACCAUGAGCUUGAAAUGCAACAACAUCCACUGUUUAUGAAAGAAAAAAAGUCAUAUUGUCAACCUAAAGCUGCAGAGAGCAGUGUAAAGAGAGCAAGUGCCGCUAGUGACAAACAAUGCCAUGAUACGGAGAAAUAAAAUAUUUUUUUCUUAAGCAGUGGUUCUCAACUGCUGGGUCUGGACCCAAAAAUGCAUGCUUAGAAAAGAAAUAUUGCAAAAAUCCACGAUUUAAAGAAUCCCUAAGCUCUUUUGUUGGUAUAACAAGUAAAAUUUAUUGUUUUAUUAAGGUCUUAACUAAUUUACGUUGGGAUAACAAAGCUAGUUUCCCAUAAUAAUGUGUUAAUUUCCCCAAAUCUCUAGAGAACAACCCAACGAGUUAAAGAAAAUGCAUAAAUUUAUGCUUUUCAAACAUGCUCUUUUCCUGCCUUUUUCUUCAAUUAUGUUUUCAUGCAUCUAGGAUCCAAAUUUCAGUGAUAUUGCUAAGUUAUUCAAAAUGGUGGAUUUCCUGUUGGAGUUGAGGUAUGGGUCCAAGAGGCUUUUUUGUAGCUCUGAUCAAGGCAAACAAGCCCACCAAAUUUCAAACAUGUAGCUGAAAGUAACUUCUAUUGUGACCUCUUUGUAAAAGGGGGCGCCAUGGAGCCAUUUUGCCACACUUGGCAAAGAUUGGAGCAUUUUAGGGCAUGAUAAAGUGGCCAAAUUUGUGAUUUCUAUACCAAUAUUUCUUUGGGUCCUCACUUAGAGGUUUGUGCUCUCACCCAAACUGACUUAUUUGUGCUGCCAUGGUAUCAAAAAAAUGUAUCAGUAUCAUUUUUAAUUGAACAGUAUCAAGCUGGAACUCAAAAUUCUUGGAUUGUGACAACUCUAGAGGAGAAACGACACCAGAGGAAGACUGACGCUCAGACUUUGAGCAUAAAAACAAACUGAAUCUCUCAGCAACAGCAGCUCUGAAGAACCCUGCUGCGUAUUUUUAGCUGCCAUUGUGUCGUUCUUUUUUCAGACUGCAUGGCACCACUAAACGCUGGUAUUAUUGUAUCAGACACUCAAGCUGCGGCUCUGUGUCCUGAGUGUGUUUAUAACUGCUGUGUUUUGUCUUGAAUAACCAGAGGAGACGACGCAGUAUGUAGCAUGUGGCGUUUAUCACUGAUGCACUUUAAAAAAAAAGGAUUCAUCCAAAGGGCAUAUUGUUAUUUAUUUGGUAUAAAUUCACUCUUUGUUCACAAUAAAAUGAUGAGCAAUGUAAA